ACACGACUGAGCGACUCACACACAAGGCUGAAUAAUAUUCCUUUCUGUGCCUGCUCAGGACCCCACCUGUCACCAGGAGGGGAACCUGGAGGAAGAGGCAAUGGCUGCAGAGCUGCCAACAGCCUAGUCAGAGGACCCAGUAACUUUUGAGGAAGUGUUGGUGGACUUCUCCCAGGAUGAGUGGGCCCAGCUGGCCUCCGCUCAAAAAAUCCUGUACCAAGAUGUGAUGCUGGAGAACUACAGGAACCUGACUUCUGUGGGGUAUCAUCUCCGCAAGCCCCGCCUGCUCACCCAGGAGGAGCUGAGAACCCGGAAGAGGAGACUUCUCCAAGACACCUGUGCAGACCAGAAUUCUCAGCUUAAAACCAAAGAGACCACGGCUGAGAGGAAUAAAGUUGGGGAAAAACCGUUUACCGGCAGGAAAAGGGCACCAACUCAAGCUAGAAAGAAGUCCCAUGAACACAGUCUGUGUGGAAAAGCCAUCAGAAGGAAUCCUGACCUGAGUACUAAGAGGAAUUACACAGGCGUGAAACGCGUUGAACGUAAAGAAUGUGGGGAAGCAUUUAGUUAUCCUUCCUUCCUUGGCGUCCAUGUGCGAUCCCAUGCUGGUGAAAAAACCUGCAAAUGUUCUCAGUGUGGGAAGGCUUUCAGUUGCAACUCCUCUCUCGGGCCGCACGCGCGAACUCAUCCUGGAGAGGAACUGUGUAAGUGUAGCUAGUGUGGGCAGAUCUUCAGCUCUACCUCGAGCCUCGCUGUACCCCAGAGGACGCACGCUUGGGAGAAGCUAUAUGAAUGCAGUGACUGUGGGAAGGCCUUCGUCAGGAGCAGUGAUGCGACUGCGUAAGAAAGCACGCAUGGGGGAGAAACGCCACCAGGGCAGUGACUGCGGCAAGACCUCUAGCAGAGAGUUCUUUCUGAUGGCACACAUGACGACCCAUACUGGCGAGAAGCCCUACCCAUUCAGUGACUGCGGAAAAGCCUUCCAUAGGAGCUCUAAGGCGACUGCCCACAAGAGGCUACAUGCAAGAGGGAAGAUGUAGUAGUGUCAGAAGCUUUCCAAUCAUCAUUCAUCAUGUAGGAAACACGUGAGGAUGCAUGCUGAAGACAAGUCUGGGAGUGGAAGCAGAGAAAGGCUCAUCGAUCCCACAGGAGAGCAGCUCUGUGAAUAGCUUUAGUAUGAGGAGGAAGCCUGCUGGGGCUUAAACUAUUGCACAAGGAAAUUCAGAGUGGCAGAGAAAAUAUAUAAAUGUGAAGAAUGUGGGCUGGCUUUUAUUAGGUCCUAUCUUGAAGCUGGAAAUCGAGCUCAUUAAUUUUCAGUCUGUGUUUUUGAAUUUAAGCAGUUAAGGCCAUAGAUAUCCUGCUAAAUACCCCAUUUGGCUACAUUACACGUGUGUGUGCUCAGUUAUGCAGCUGUGUCUGACUCUUUGCCACCCUAGGACUGUAGCCCUCCAGGCUCCUCUGUUCAUGGGAUUUUCCAGGCAAAAAUACUGGAGUGGAUUGCUAUUUCCUCCUCCAAGGGAUCUUCCUGACCUAGGGAUCAAACCUGCGUCUCCUGGAUUGGCAGGUAGAGUCUUCACCACUGAGCCACCAGUUGAACCCGCACAUGAGUUUUGAGCUAAGGUUUUUAAAACUUUGGUUCUAAGUAUCAUCUGAUAUAUCUAUUAGACCUGUUUUAACUCAGUGUCACUUUACUUUUUAAGCCUAUCAAAAUACUACUUCACUUGAAUUUCAUCCAGACUUUCUCCUGCCCCCCAGUCCUCUAAUAUCCCUGUGUCUUCUGUGGUUUGGUGGGACACCCGGUGGUUCCUCAGGUAUGUCGUUUCCUUUGUAACAUGUUGGUAAAUAUGACUUUGUCAGACUAUAGGUUUUGUCCCUGGUGGUCUUAGGCUGAUUUGUGUUGGGACAAUAAUGUGUAGUCACGAAUACACUCUACUAGUAAUGAGAAUAUAUUUAGAUUCUCGUCUUCUAUGUUCCUAAAAUGCCCUUCUAAAAUGUCUCCUAAGAUAUUUUCCUAUCCAUUGUUGAUUUUUAUUUAUGGUAUCAGGUUUUGUUGUUCAGUCGCUAGGUCAAACAUAAUUUCUGUUCAAAGUUGGGAGCUGAACUCCAGGAAAUGGAAUUUUAUGCUGAUUGUUGAACCCUAGUUUUUUAAACAUCUCUGUUCAUUUUAUAUCUCCUGUUUCCAAGACCAAGAGAAGAAAUCUUUAAAUGUAUUUUUCAUGCAGGCACCUGUUUCUCUGAAUCUCUCUCUGGAGAAUGAUGUUUAAUUUUAUAAUUCUGUCUGAAAACUUACCUUGCAUGUAAAAUGCACCAUUUUAAAGGUUGAUGAAAUUUGACCAGUGUGUAAACCCCUAUAAUCACCACCCGAAUUAAAACAUUACCAUCUUCCCAGAAAGACUAACAUUGAUUUUGCCCAUCAUUAACAAAGCUGUAAACUGUGGAAAUGAAAAUGCUUUUGUGUUCCAUAAUAAAAGCAGCAAUUUGACAGGGAAAAAAAAAUUCCCUGGUGGAAAUUUCCAGUGGGUAGGACUCCAUGCUUUACUGCAGGAGGUGCAUGUUCUAUCCCUAUUUAGGGAACUUAAGAUCCUGCAAGCUGCCUAGCAGCAAAAAACAACAAAAACCCUCAAAAAACAACAUGACUUUAAGCCUGGCAGUUUAACCUGAGCAGACAGCCUAGAAGCUGAUUGCCUCAUCACACAUGCCCGCAUCACAUAGCCUGAUAGGCCAGUGUCCUUCUCAGUGUCCUAAUCAAGAGCUUUGUACACGACUCUAAACACCUUAAAGCAGUUGCGUUGGGGGUUAAUUUGCAGGGCAGAUUUACUGUUCUAGAUUAGGCCAGUCUGAUGUAUUUCUUUCUCAGCCCUUCAAAACAAUAGGGUUUAAAAAAAUUGUAUAUUUAAAUUUAUUUAUCUGGCUGUGCCACGUCUUCAUUGUGAUACGUGUGAUCUAGUUCCCCAACCAGGGAUCAAACCCAGGCUGCCUGCCUAGGGAGCACAGAAUCUUAACCCCUGGAUCAUCAGGGUAGUCCCCCUCAACACACACUAGUGAAACUCUUUGUAUUUUGUGCAUAUUUCUAAACCUACACUUUAAGACAGAGGUCUGCAAACUUUUUUGAUAAAUAGGGAGAUAUUAAAUAUUUUUGAUUUGGUGGGCCAGAUGAUCUCUGUUACAACUACUCAGCUCUACCAUGUGGCACAAAAGUGGCCACAGAAAAUACAUAAAUAAACAGGUGUGGCUGUGUACCAUCAAAACUAUACAAAAACAGAAGCCAAGCUGGCUUAUCCUUAUCUUAAGGCAGAGGUUGCAUUAAGAAAGAGGAAAAGGAGACUCAUGCUUUCUAAAAGCACUGCACCUUAUUGGCUUAUUUAUUAAAAAAAACAACACAUGCAGAACUUUGAAGUGUGGACACUCGAUCCUCGAUAUGUAAGAAAUUGGGAAUUUCCUGACGGUCCAGUCGUUAGGACUUGGCGGUUUCACUGCAGUGAUUCCGUGUUCAGUCCCUGGUUGGGGAACUAAGAUCCCACAAGCUGAAAGGCCUGGCCAAAAGUUAAAAAUACAAAAAAAAAAAAAAA